AUGGAUGGCUACUCCAGAGUGAAGCUGCUGGGUGAAGGCUCUUUUGGGCGCGUAUUCCUGAUGCGUGAGAAGAAGUCUGGUGAUCGUCUGGUGUGCGUUAAGGAGAUUCAUCGUAUGCAUUGCCCUAAGAGAUCAACUUUUGCUGGUCGAGGGAAGUCGGUCGAUGUGGAGUUGGAUCUAAUGAAGAAGCUACGACAUCCAAACCUCAUCCGGUUAUUGGCCUCAGUUGUAGGUCCACCUCCACUCCGACAGCAAUUCAUCGUGAUGGAAUAUUGCUCCGGCGGAGAUCUACAGACUUAUAUCAAGACAAACGGAAGGCAAAAAUCUUGCUUGGAUGAAGAUGCGAUAUGGUACUGGUUUGUUCAGCUGGCUCUGGGACUGCAUCACAUGCACCAGCAGCGUGUGUUGCAUCGCGACUUGAAGACUGCCAAUAUUUUUCUCUCUCACGCUGGUUAUCUCGUUCUUGGUGACUUUGGAAUUGCACGAACACUAAGAAAUGACGACAUGGCUACGACUAUGAUCGGUACACCGUUGUAUAUGGCGCCAGAGGUAUUGGACGGCAAGGAAUACAGCUUCAGUUCGGAUGUGUGGGCACUGGGAUGUGUGUUAUAUGAGUUAUGUACCGGCAAACCUCCGUUCACGGCAAAUAAUGCUGCACAAUUAGUGAACAAAAUUUGCCACGUUGACUACGUACCAAUUCAAAAGGGAGGAAGUCUUAAGACUUCACGCCUGCCGACACUGGUAGCUUCAAUGCUCAACGCACGGCCUGAUCUUCGUCCUUCAGUAGAUCAGCUCCUUCACGACUCAAUCGCUCGCGUCCAUAUCCGUCGGUAUUGCAAGGAUCGACUCCAUUCGACAGAUAUAAAUGCGGAUGAACAGCGCGUGCUACUACAGCAGAUUGCGGUGUUGGGGACUAACUCUAGUGUGGAUAAUGCGAUGAAUACGACCAUCAGGAUAGAUUCGUAUUCAAGACACAAGAUUCAUACCGAUCGGGAUCAGGAGGAUCGAGAGAAAAAACUCAUGGAGGUACGCGAACGCGAACGUCGAGAUCAAAUUCAAUUUGCAUUGGAGGAAUUGCAGCAAUUGAAGCUUCGCUUUCCGGCUGCUUGUGAUUCCGAGCCAAUAGUUAGCACCGCCAACGAAAAGGUUGAAGAGGUCAAAAACCCUGUUCCAGAGAUUAGACUAGAUGUUUGUAAGGCACCGCUUCUUGACGAGGAAUGGCGAGAACCGGUUCGUGCGGUAACGGAAAUCCCUAGGAGUGUUGUGCAAACUGAGCAACAAGGUCAGGCUAGGCUUGGUCGCGCGAAUUCUGUCCCGAAAGAGUUGAUCUUCACUGGGAUACCUCGAGUUGGUGUGCCUCUCACGCAAAUGGCCAAGACGUUUGCAUCUCGUCAUCCUGUGAGUCGUGACAUUCGUGCUUUGAGACGAACUGAGGUCGCGAAAGCUGCUGAGCGAUACAAGCAUCGCCUGGAUGCCAUGAACACGACUCAAGAGUGGAGGAACGGCACUCAGACCCACAAGUAG